AUGAUACCAUCCUUUCUCGCAUACUCGCCACGAAUCACGAGCAGAAGAAGACGAACAAGUUCAUCCCUAAUUGUAAUCAAAUUUUUAUUAAUCUAUGUAAUAAAAAGUGUCACAUUGUUAGAUGAGGCUACACACCACACUAGCGUCGCAACACAACAACAAAAUCUAACGGCGAAAAAUGAAGCGCUUCCCGUUCCGCAAGCGUUGCAGGCGGCGGCACUUUCGGGAUCUGGAGCAGAUGAUGGGUUACCCAUCUUUCCCGAAAGACCGGAUGCGGUAUAUUUCAUUGUCGCAGUUCGUGGCGGCGGAAAAAUGUGGGGAAGAACUCUUGCAAGAACACUGCUCGAUUUGGGAGCACCUUUUGACAAUCCCCAAGGACCUCCGUUGCGCCCGAUUUACCUGGAUAUGCCGCAAACGGGACGCUUUUCGUCGAAAACAUUGACGCGCUUGUGUGACCAAAUCGAAAACAAGCCGAUGGCGGGCGUUCUGGUAUUUGGCGAAGGACAAGCGGCGCGUUCGUUGUCACUUGCCGGAACUGGCAUGAAGCUUCCGGUGUUGUGGGCGAAAGGAGGCAUCGCAAAAAUACAUGGCAUCGGAAGAGAGAUCCAAACAAACUUACAAGCAAUGUUACAGCCAUCAUCCAAGGAGAUACUUGAAGCAAUCAGGGCGCUUUUGUUGCAGACACACUGGCACUCAUUUUUUGUGCUAUCCGACAUGGAAGCGACGAUGGUUUUGAGCAGCAAUAUCGCUGCGCCGCUCAAACAAAAGCCUUUGGUGCCCAAAAUCCUCCCGAUUUCCUUCAAAAAGGAAGAAAUUUUCCGCCAACUUGCACGAAUUUCACGUUCGACGCGAGGAAUUGUAAUUUUAUUGUGCGACUUGAAGCUCGCCCGCGUGAUAAUGUCGGAGGCACAACGCCUCAAUAUGGUUGGCGGACACUUUAUAUGGGUUUGGGCGGAUACAAGUACCAACAAUGAGUUCUUCGAUCAAGUACAGGACCCGGAUGAGAUCGAAAUGGAGCUCGGAAUUGACGAUAAUUUGGGUCUUAUACCGCCAAUUGACCAUGAAAGACCUCGCGAACGUAAUUUCGAGCAAACAUUGAAUCGGGAACAGAUCCGGUUUAUUGACGAUGACGUCAUGAAUCCGCCUCCAAUGCCGCCGAUCAAGCAAAAAACGAACCCGUUCGAGACGAGAAGCGAAUACGAGACAAUUAAGGGAUUGGAAGAGGAUCAUUUCAACAUUAACGAGGAUUUAUUGGAGCGUCGCGAGGAUUUUGACGCAGAUUUUGAGAGUUAUAGCAGAUUUGGGCAUAAUUUGUCGCAUGAAUUGCCUCUCGGGCCGGAUGGGAGUUACAAUCCGUUCGAUCAUCAGAUCGGCGUGGGGUAUGGGAAGCGAAUGACGGUGCCCGAAUCCACGUUAGAUGUCGAGGAAAACGAAUAUGGGGAGUUAAAUGUGGAAAAAUUGAACUUGCGAACACGGAGGAAUCCAUUUUUGCCGUUUAUGACAACGUACAAUGGGAAAACGAACAAGUAUAGUAUCAAUAAUAACAACGACGAUGUCGAUUCCGGAGAGAAUUUGAUGGAAAAUAGCAAUGAUGUCAACAAAAUUAAGCGUUUAAACCUUUUUGCGAACCAAUAUGAGUCUUCUUUGGGGUCACAACACGUACUUUUCCAUAAUUAUCAGGAUUUUCCCAUCGGAUUGUUGACUUUGAGACCCAUUAAGAUGCUCCAAGAUCGUCAUUUCAUCCGGGCAGCAGUUCGAUUAUUCGCAACCACGUGGGCUAAAUUGGAACGGAACAAUUACGGAGGCGGCGGCGGCCUCAAAGAUGACAUCGACAAGCCGUAUCGCUUCAAAAACAGUCGAAACAAGAGAGAGGAACAAACAAAUAAUCAAGCAAACACUCCUGUAAAUAGUCAAAUUUCGGAACCCGAACAAAUAAUAACACAAAAACAACAAACAAGUGGCUUAAGCGACGUGAAAAGCAAUAAAUUUAUAUCUACAUCGUCGUCGUCGUCGUCCUCGUCGUCAUCUACUAAUAAUGUAAAUACAAACACCGCAGCAGAUAACGAUGCAAUCAAUAUAGCAAUGAAAAGUAAACGAUUCGAUACGUCGUGGUGGUCAUCGAUUGGCGCGGGAUCGAAUAACAGGGAGAAGGAGAAGCCUCCGAAGGAAAAGCAGAAGGGACAAGGGAAGCAAACGGGCGAGGAAAGAAUUAAAAAUCGAGGCACACCGCAGUAUAAGGGAGGGUGCUUUGGAGUUCCCACGCGAGGUGACAUCAAACGAGCGGAGCUAUUUGCACGACAUCUUCGUGCCGAUGCCCAACAAGCGUUAGUUGGCGACUUGAAAUCCAUGCCGGAGAAGACGCUUGUGACGCAUUUUGAGGUUUUGAAUCUCGUUCCGAUGAGUUUUAAGCCGCACGAACGCUUCAACCUGAAUGUCAUGCAUCGGUAUUCGGCGAAAAAUGUCGCCCGCAAAUGGCGUCGUGUCGGUUUGAUUUCCGGGCGUGACGUUCGUUUGGAUACAAUUGUGUGGCCCGGCGGCGAUAUUGUCGUGUCGGGUGUCGCAACGCAGGCACGGAGCAUUUUUCGCAUUGUCACGGCUCUCGCGCCGCCUUUCGUGAUGGAAUCGAGCAUGGGCGAGAACGGGGUUUGUUUGCGCGGCUUGGCAUGUCAUCGCAUCACGACAUCGGGCAAGCAGAAUUUGACGCUGAUGUUCAACACGAUUGAGACACGCGAUCGAUUGGAAGAGGAUGCACUCCAGCGCAAUCAAUUUGCCGAAGACGAGGAUGGGGAAGAGGAGAAACUUUCGUACAAGACAAAAUGUUGUUACGGACUAUCAAUGGAUCUGCUGGCAAAAGUGGCAUCCGACUUGGGAUUUGAAUUUCACUUGUACAUUGUACGUGACGAGUUAUUUGGCGGCACACGCGACAAAUAUGGCGACUCGAUGAAAUUCGGCUCGAGCUAUUGGAAGGAUUUUCGCUUUUACGACAGACUCGAUAUCGAACGGCAAUAUCACAUGUUCAAGGAGAACGAGCAUAUUUACGACAAACAUUUUUAUUUCGAAUACGAGAAACAGCGUUUCCUCAAGAUGGAACAAAACAAGGCAUUCGAACGGCUGACAACGAGUCAAUGGAACGGAAUUAUUGGUGAUCUAGCGACAGGUGCUGCUGACAUGAGUUUCGCACCGUUGAGCGUUUCCAAAGCGCGUGCCGAAGUAAUUGAUUUUAGUGCGCCAUAUUUCCACAGCGGAGUGUCGUUACUCGCAGCACCGCAAUCGAAAAGUGACAUUCCCCUCUUGGCGUUUCUCCUUCCUUUUUCGCCGGAAUUGUGGAUUGCGAUUUUCACGUCGCUCCAUAUCACGGCAGUAGCUGUUGCGGUCUACGAAUGGUUAAGUCCUUUCGGUCUGAAUCCGUGGGGACGUCAGAGAAGCAAGAAUUUCAGUUUGUCAUCAGCUUUAUGGGUUAUGUGGGGCUUAUUAUGCGGGCAUGUCUCGUUCAAAGCUCCCAAAUCGUGGCCCAAUAAAUUCCUGAUAAACAUCUGGGGAGGCUUUUCGGUCAUUUUCAUCGCUUCUUACACAGCCAACAUUGCCGCCUUGAUCGCCGGACUCUUUUUCUACAACACGCCAGAGCAUUAUGACGCGUCGCUGCUCGCACAACGCGUUGGCGCACCAAUAUCCUCCGUAGCGGAAUACUACGUGCAACGAAACGACCGUCAUUUGUGGGAACACAUGAAAAAAUAUCCAUUACAGAACGUGGAAGAGGGAAUUUUAAGAUUAAAGAAUGGGACGUUGGAUCUCUUGAUGGCAGACGCUCCUAUUUUGGACUAUUAUCGUGCCACGGAUCACGGAUGUUCUCUCAAGCGCAUCGGAGACGUCUUUGUGGAAGACACUUACGCUAUCGGAAUGAAGCGAGGAUUCCCGUUGAAAGAAUCAAUUUCCUCGUUGAUAUCAAAGUACUCGAGCAACGGAUAUUUGGAUAUUUUGACGGAAAAAUGGUAUGGAGGACUUCCGUGUUUCAAUAAAGGCGUGCAGAUCAUCCAACCAAGGCCGUUAGGAGUGGCUGCUGUUGCGGGAGUUUUUUGUCUCUUGGGUCUCGGAAUGGUUGUUGGAGUGUUAAUUUUGUUCUUUGAGCAUGGAUUUUACAAAUGGGCGUUGCCACAUUUGCGCUUGAAGCCCAAAGGAACGAUCUGGCGCAGCAGAAAUAUUAUGUUCUUCAGUCAAAAACUUUACCGUUUCAUCAAUUGUGUGGAGUUGGUAUCGCCUCAUCAUGCGGCACGGGAGCUUGUUAAUACCUUGAGACAGGGUCAAAUCACAAGUUUGUUCCAAAAAAGCAUUAAAAGGGAGGAUGAACAAAGGCGUCGUCGUCGCAGCAAAGCACAAUUUUUCGAGAUGAUCCAGGAAAUUCGACGUGUUCAACAAGAAGAACGUGAACAACCAUUACCGAUUCUCGAAGAAGUUGUCGAAUCAGUUGAUGCUCCAACGACAUCUGACGCAGCUCCGAUCGCAUCCGCGCCUGUAGUUCCCGCUCCAAAGGUUGCUAAACUAAGUCCUCGCCCAAAAAUGGUCUCCAAAUCCAAAUCUGACCUUCAAACACGUUCAGCAUCGUCGUCGCUCAAUCUCCGUCGUUCCAGCAACGAUAGUUUACUCGAAGAUCGUCUCGGCACAAUCGGCAGGAGGCUCAGUAGAGACAUCACGGACUCGCCUCCGGAUCUUAUUCAUCGUUUCGAGACCUUUGGCAAGGGAUCUGUGCCAGAUAACUCCAAAUUCGACACUUUUGCGGGAGUUUGUCGCGACUCGAGUAUUCCUGAGUUGAGUAAAUACGACACUUUCAGCGGUGUGAUCGACGACAGACCCGAAAUCCCCAUGAAAAAGGGUAAAAAAUACCAAAGUAAACGAACGCCCUUGAAUUUGGACAUUUACGAGCGAGAUCGUCACAUCAACGACACCCUUUCCAUGAGUGACAGUCUUUAUCCGCCUAUUUUCAAGCUAGAUCGCACCAAAGCAGUCUUGCGCGAACGCGUUCACAACGAGCUCAAAUCAAAAUAUCCCACGGAUCGAACGUACAUCGUCAAACGUCCUCAGCCAAUCACGAAGCAGCAACCGCAAUCGACUCUUAAACCAUCAAGAACGACUCCCUCGUCAUCCGGGGCACACAUGAAUGUCUCCACAAGCAGCGUCUCGAACAUCCAAGAUAAACCGUUGCCGCCAAUUCCGCCGCAUCAGGUUGAACAGCCGCCGCCCCCGCCCCCCAAAACGCCCAUUUACGCAACUUCGCUGAAAAAACAGAAAAAAUCCAAGGAAAAACAACGAGAAGUCCCCCAGGCAAGUAGCAGAAAAAGCUUGGAAAAUCUCGUUGGAGGCACGUCACGCAGUGGCAGCAGCUCAAAUACACGAACCCCGAAAGCAGCGCCACGCUCCUCGAAAAGUAGUUUAGACAUUCCGCCGAGAUUGCCGCCAAAAACGAGUCCGAAAUCGCGCACGAGCAACAUGUCGCUCGGAAAAUUAUCGAAGGAAGACUUGCUGAAACUCUCGCAAAGCAGCGAACUCGAAAUCCAUCAGUUUUUGCAUUCGGAUCAUCAUCAACACCAUCAUCAUCCGCCAUGA